AUGCGCGCCGUCGACCACGCCGUCGAGUUCCUCUACCGGCCCGACCCGUCGCCGCUGCUGCGCAUGGCCGAGCUCGGCGCCCUGCGCGAGCUCUUCCACCUACUGCCGGCCACGAAGCGGGACCCGUCCGACAUCAACGUCCGCCAGCGGCUCCAGCUCGCUGCCAUCGUCUCGCUCCACCCCGAAUCGCGCAAGGGCGCCCUGGGCCUCUCGCACGGCCUCGGCCACGCCCUCGGCGCCACGUACGCCAUUCCGCACGGCAUCACCUCGUGCAUCACCCUCGCCGCCGCCAUCAAGACGACGGCGCAGCUGCCCUCGACGCCGGCAGAGCAGCUGCUCGCCCUCUCGGACGCCCUCGACUUCAUCCCGGCGCCCUACAACGCCGCACCCGCGCCACUCGCGGCACCCGUCAGCAUCAAGUCCUCCCUCACGGGCGUGGCGCUCGAGGCGGAGCUGGCCGCUGCACGGCAGCGCGGCGUGCAGGUCGCCACGGCCGUGCAGCGCCUCGUCGACGACCUCGGCCUGCGGACGACGCUCCAGUCGGCGGGCGUGCCGCGAAAGGACAUCGACAGCAUCGCCUCGCACGUCACCGCCGGCAAACCGGCCAUCCACGACGCCGUCGUCCAGCUCCUCGAGACCGUCUACGAUGGCGUCAAUCUGUAG